AUGGAAAAAGUUCUCUUUCUGUUAUUUUUAAACCGUUCUUUCGGUCAACGAAACAAUAGAGUGUUUGAGAUUCUGCUUUCAGAAGACUCCGAGGAAAUUUUUAUUCCGAAGAUCGAAUUUUGCGACAUUCCAAGCGCUCCGAACAACUCCGAGUACUACUGCUCCCACAGAUUCUUUCUCCACUCUAAAUGUACUCUUUCUUGCGAGCAAGGUUUUCUACUUCAAAAAUCAAGAGCACGGUUUUCUCCUUCUACUUCGGAGCUUAUUAGCUACUCGUCCAUGAGCAAAAUCUGUACUAAACGAAGAAAGUUUUCUAUCGACAGUCCAUCUAUCAGCUCGAAUUUAACAGACGAUGAAUCAUCUGGAGACACUGAGGAUGAAUACUACUGGAUGCCGUCGAGCUUCGAAUUCGACAUCAAUCAGAAUCUCUUUUACGAAGUGGGAUCCUGCUUGAAAAGUCCUUGUGAGGACCUCCCGCUUUCUCCUUCUUUCUAUAAAAAUUACGGAUCGCUGUCCUGUUCCGCUGAAGAUAAUAUAACUUGCACAGUGUCCUGCGCUAAUGGAAUGAUAUUGAACACGAUUGAGAACAACACCGAAACACUGUUCUGCGAUAGAGCGUCAGGGAAUUGGAUUGGGUCCUAUAAUCAAACAUUCAAUUGUGUAUCACCAGAAGAAGGGUCUGCGGAACCAGAAUACAAGCAAGUCAACUACACGAAGAUCGAAGAGAGUAUCGAUGAAAUGGUAAAGAUCAUCAACGAAUUGAACCAGUUCGAUAAAGAGUCCUCGUCCAACGAUUAUCAAUUGAGCAUCCUCAUGGUUAUUCUGUGGAUCUGCAUAUUUGCCAUAUAA